GGCAUUGCGCAAACUUAAUGUCAGGCGCAUUUUUUUAUUUAGUAUAUAGUGUAAGGUGGGGCGACGUGCGCCAUUUUAAUUAGCAUUAAGCGUCACCAAGGAUCGGUCGUGUAGAUUAUUAUAGAUAUAUUUAAUAUAAAUCUCACAAAAACCAAAAUAGUUUUAUUAUCCGGCCCAGUCAUUCCCUAAAGAAUGAACAUGGUGGCCCAUGAGGGGAACAAAGAAGAAUCCGCGAAAUAAUAACAAUUAAUACGUAAAUACGACGGCGCGGCGCGGCGACCUAACGAUCUUCAACAUCACAUCAAAUCAUUCGUGUGGAUGCAGCCUUGCAGUGGAUAUUUCUAAAAUCACGGGCUGUAUUGGAAAGCAGAAAAACAGAGAAGAUUCGAGCAGUGGAUCAGCUAAAGUUUCACAUCGAGCAGUUACGAGUUCGUCCGCUAAGAUAAGUGUCCUUCCUUAACUUAUUCCUAAAAAACCUAAUAGCUAACAAAAUAAUAUUCCAAAUCGUUCGUCAUUUGUGUAAAUUAAGUGUUUUUAGACAAGUUUUACAGCGUUUUAUGCAAGUAAAUUUGAUAUUUAGUGCAAAAUUGCAUCAUCUUUUUUACCUACCCGUAAAACUACAAGCAAUUGUUAAUAGAACAAAGGAAUUAACUUUUAGCUAUUUAUAGCAAUAUUAUCUAAAUUAAUACAUAAAUUAUUCAAUUGUAUGUUCACUAUACCGUAAAAUAGAUCAAUGGAAGUAUAUUAAGCAAUAAAACAUCACUCAAUUGAUAUACAGUUAAAUUGUUGUACGAAAAUUUGGUUUCGUAUUUUAGGUUUUUUGGUUUCGUAUUGUUUAUAUAUACAAUAUUUAGCGUAUUUGCCGAAUAUUCCAGGCUAAUAUUUAUCAUCGCCGUUUGCAAGUACAUAUCCCGUUGGCUUUCAUUGGCCGGCCGCGGCUCCUGCACCGGCCGGGAGCGAACGUUGAGCGGCAAGUACCACCGGAACGAGGAACGUGAGCCAUUUCAAUUGAAUUACGUAGGAAUUGCAUUGCUAGUUAAAUAAAGAUAAUCAAUAUUUAGUUAACUUAGAUAAGUUUAAAUUAUAUUGUUUUGUUGUUGGUUUUCGUAAGUGUUAUAUUUAAUGACAGAAGAAAUGAAUAAACAAGGUUUACGUGAUUUAAUCGCUAGAAGAACGUCCGCCAAGGGACAAAUUACAAAAUUCAAAAAUUAUUUAAAUAGCAUUGCAUGUUUAAUGGAACUAGACAACGUUCAAUUAACAGAGUUAGAUUUAAAACUCACUAAAUUUGAAGCUUUGUCUAUUAAGGUUGAUGAUUUGCAGAGUGAAAUAGAGGUUUUAAAUUAUGAGAAUAUUUCGGCUGAAAUUGAGGAACGCGAUAAAAUUGAGCAAGAUAUAAUUUUGAAUAUAGCAAAGGCCAAAACUUUAGUCGAAAAAUUCUCUAAAAAAUUAGAAUGCGAAAAAAGGUGCAGUUCGGGUCACAACGCGUCAUGUUGCAUAGAUGAUCCUAAUCACCCCCACGAAUUCGGGUUGAAACUCCCUCAAAUUCAAAUAGCCAAAUUUGAUGGCGCAUAUUUCCGUUGGCUAGAGUUUAAAGACACAUUUGAAAAUUUAAUUCAUAAUAAUGACCGUAUACCACCAAUUAAUAAAUUUCAUUACUUAAUUUCUUAUUUACAAGGUGACGCGGCUAGGGUUAUUUCUAACUUCGAGGUGUCUGCUGAAAAUUAUGUCGGCGCAUGGGAUUUAUUGUGUAGCCGCUAUAAUAAUAAGCGUAUUCUUAUUAAUCAUCACUUAAAUUUAAUAUUAAGCAGCUUCCUCGAGAAUCUGAGCUAUGCAGGCGUAUGCGUGGGCAGACUCUUCAACCUAAGAUGGGAAAUCUCCCAGAACAGCGGAUUACCCCAGAUUACCCUUUUUUUAGCUGUAGGAGUUGACUACGCAGGUCCGUUUCUUAUCUUGAAUCGCAAAGGACGAGGAAGCCGCUUAAUUAAAUGUUAUUUGUGUAUCUUUGUUUGUUUGCGUUUCAAAUGUAUACAUUUAGAGGCUAUUAGUGAAUUAACUAAAGAAGCAUAUAUAAUGGCACUUCGUCGUUGUAUUGCUCGUCGGGGAAAGCCAACGGAGAUAUUUUCUGACAACGGUACAAAUUUUGUAGCUGCAGCGCGAGAAUUAGGUUCAUUUAUGAAACAAAAUAAAGAUUUUAUAUUUGACUUUGCAAGUCAAAAUUCCAUUAUAUUUCAUUUCAUUCCGGCAUAUACUCCUCAUUUCGGUGGUAUUUGGGAAAGCGGAGUAAAAUCAGCUAAGCAUCAUAUACGGCGUGUUAUGCGAAACUGUCAUCUUACUUUUGAGGAAAUAUUAACUUUGUUUGCACAGGUAGAGGCAAUCCUAAACAGCCGUCCCUUGUGUCCUUUGUCAUCCUCUCCCGAUGAUCUUCUUACCCUUUCCCCAGGACACUUUCUUAUUGGAAGACCAUUAACUUCGGUGCCUUCUAUAGGUCUUGAUGAAUGCAAAUUUGGGAACUUACAAAGAUAUCAGAGAAUUGAGCAGUUAAGGCAGCACUUUUGGAGACGGUGGCAAAAGGAGUACGUGGCGGAGUUACAACAGCGCACUAAAUGGAAAGAAAACUCUGCCAAUCUAAAUAUUGGCGACUUAGUCCUGAUAGCCGAGGACAAUGCUGCUCCUCUCUGCUGGAAAUUAGGUCGAGUGCAGCGGCUCAUAUAUGGAUUGGAUGGAGUGGCCAGAGUGUCAAAUAUUAAAAAUCGGACUACUCCAUAUCACCCACAGUCAGAUGGAAUGGUGGAACGUUUUAAUCAAACCUUGGAAAGGCAUUUGGCAAAAUUGGUGGACAGCCAACAAAAGGACUGGGACAAACAAUGGCGAAAAAGGAAGUAG